CUCCCUCAAACCUGUUGCAGCUGCAUUCCUUCCUGCUGAACAUGGCUGGGUCUGGGAUCUUCCUAGGUCCAUUUUAGGAGUGACAAAUCAUGACCACAACUGGCACUAAUUGGGCCCCCUUCUCAGCAUAGAGGCUGGGGACUGAAUUGGCUAUGGAGACUAGACAUUGCUGCCCAGGGUGGAAUUGAGGCUCGUUGGUGGGAGAAAGCUGCCCAGGUUGUCCCUUUUCUGGGAAUAAACAGCAGAUCAAAUCCUGGAUAUCGAUGUGACACCUUCUGGGAGGACUAAAUUCAUUCGAAAGAGCAGUUCAGGAUCAGACAGUAAUGUUUUAAAGCUAGGCUGGGGGAGGUAACAUUUUCCAGCCAAAAGUUUUACGAGGAGACAAUCUAUAGAAGUCUGCUGAGAUUUUAUCAGCAUCUUCAGUGCGUCUUUGCAUCCUCCCCACGCGCAGUGUUUGAGCAAAUGCUUCUCAGAACCUACUUCUAUUUUUUGUUAUUUAAAAACCAUUUUGUCUCUGUUAGGUGUUGCGAGGGCAGUUCUCACUAUGGUAUCUAAGCUCUGGAACAGAUCUUCCAUAGGCAUCAAAACGAUCUCAUGAUGGCACAACUUUCCCCAGUCCUACUUCACUGACAUUUAUUAUCUGGGUUAAAAAGCCGCUCAGUAUGCCUGCACUCUGCUCGGCUACACGCUGCAGAAGAAUGGAGCGAGUGCUGAUUUCCUCGCCAGGAUCAAACAGCUCGAGGCUCACAUGAGCCUGGGGCGCAAGCUGUUCCGGCUGGGGAACUCGGCGGAUGCCCUGGAGUCGGCGAAGCGAGCCAUCCACCUGUCGGAUGUGGUCUUGCGCUUCUGCAUCACCGUCAGCAACCUGAACCGAGCCAUGUACUUCGCCUGCGACAACAUCCUGUGGGCGGGGAAGUCGGGCCUCCUCCCUCACAUGGACCAGGAAAAGUGGAGCCAGCGGUCCUUCAGAUAUUACUUCUUUGCGCUGAUCCUGAACCUGAGCCGGGAUGCCUACGAGAUCCGGCUCCUGAUGGAGCGCGAGGCGUGCGGGAAGCGUCCGAAGGGCAGCGAGACCAGGCACGCGCUCCGAGCAGAUAGCAGUCUCCAGCAUCUGGUGCUGAGGCUGAAAGUCCAGCUGCACCUUCUUGGGCACGUGCUGAGGAGCAACCCCCCUCUGCUUGUGGACGUGGUGAAAAACGCCUGUGAUAUCUUCAUCCCGCUGGACAAGCUGGGGCUGUACAAGACCAACCAGGGCUUUGUGGGGCUGUGCGGCCUUACCUCCUCCAUCCUCUCGAUCCUCACCAUCGUUCACCCCUGGCUCAAACUUAAACCUUAACCGGGAGGACUGGCAGGUUGGUAGAGGGAUGUGGAACCUUCGCCUUUGUUACCGGUUCAAGGCCAGCCCAGGAUGUUAGGGGUCCAAGGUUGCUACUAUCCAGUGGCUGGUAUGCAGUGAAUUUCGGGGCGGGGGCUCGAUCCUAUGAUAGGACAAGCGUUCACGGUCCGCCACCAGAAUUGAUGCUAAUUCACAGCCUUAGCCAGGGAUCGGAUGAACCAUGGAGACUGAGCUCCCCUCUUGCCCCUACCGGAGUUCCAUGCCUCAGUUUCCCCACCUGUAAAGCCAGGAGGUAGCGAGUAGGGGAGGCCUUCGUUGCUGCUGCCCAUGUACUACCUGGUCUAUGGAUACAGAGUGGACUUUGGUCUCCACGGCUGCCCAGCUGGCACCUUUCACGUGGAAGUCCUGUUUUAAAUAUAACCCUUGAAGUACUGUGAGUAACAAGCGCCUGGAGUUUGUGGCUAGAGACUCCUGAGGUGGAUUGCGAAGCCCCGGUUUAUUAGGCAUGCCAGGUAACUUUGAAAGGUGCCGAGGAAGCUCGCGGCAUAGCGGCACUUAACGGUGAUGACAUGACAUGGCAUGUCCUUGUGUGCGCUGGCAGAGUGCAGGCUGCAGCAUUCCCAGCCGUUCCUGUUGAUGCCGUCCCCAGUUCUGACACCUCUGCCAUGCCUGGAAACCGUGGAUUUUUCCUGCUGCCUUGGCAGCAACAUUAGGUUAGGUUUGAUGGUAGGAAAACAAAGGUAAACAGCAAUAUUCAGUCUCUCCUCCUGCCUCUCCUAUUUGUUUCGGUCUGACUCUAUUUUUCCAUUGUUUGUUUAUAAAGCACAUAGGGAUGUUCAGGCAUGGAGCAUGGUGACCUGUGAAAGCGGGUAAGUGAAACUGACAUGAUCUGCACCAAUUUGCAGCAAUGGGUAGAGACUGUAAGAUGAGGUGUGAUCUCGGCGCAGGGACAGGACUGAGGACUCCCGGUUCUGUUGGUUUUUUUUUUUUUUUUUUUUUCGUGCCCUGAAUGACUGUGGACCUUCAUGUCUCCGUGCCUCAGUUUCCCCAUCUGUAAAGUAGGAAUAACACAGACCUACCCUCCUGUGCCUGCACUCCUGUUCACCCCGCUAGCCAAAUGCUCAUCCCGCUAUUUUUUUUUUAAUGGCUUCUUUGGUGUACUUUAAUAAACUGGAGAGGAGGAGACAACAAAUGGGGCAGUGCUAACUUUGAAUGGAAAUCUGUAUUGAGAUUGUUUUCGUAAUAAACGUACAUGCUGAUCUGAAAUUACCACUUUACUGGAGUU